ACUCAUUGGCCCAAGUCUCAUCGUUCUUGGUAUUCUUGUUGUUAAUCUUACAUUACAAACCCUCACAGACAGACAGCCGCAGCUAACCAAACCCUAACUCAAAAAACAAAACCCCCACCCCCAAAUUCUCUUUGGCAGCAACCGCAACCGCAAUCAUGGUGUCAGGGAAGAAAACGAAGAAGACACAUGAGUCAAUUAACAACAGGCUGGCACUUGUGAUGAAAAGUGGAAAAUACACUCUUGGUUACAAAACUGUUCUUGAGUCUCUCAGGAGCUCCAAAGGCAAGUUGAUAAUAAUAUCAAACAAUUGUCCACCAUUGAGGAAAUCCGAGAUCGAGUAUUACGCUAUGCUCGCUAAGGUCGGGGUUCAUCAUUAUAAUGGAAACAAUGUUGAUCUGGGAACUGCUUGUGGAAAGUAUUUCAGAGUGUCAUGCCUUAGUAUUGUUGAUCCAGGUGACUCCGAUAUCAUCAAAUCCAUCCCUGGAGACAACUGAAAGAACUAAACAACUGCAUUAGUCCUGUUAAAUUCGAUCAGUUUCCUUGUGGCAUUAGUUUCCUGAAUUCUAUUUUCUGUUACAUUUUUAUGCAUCUUUGUUCAGACAUGAAUGUAUUAGAAGUCCAAUCCGAUAAUCAAGAAAGGAUAUAUAUUUGUUUAACUAAUGUAGUGAGUUUUUGUUCA